GCAGCGGCGAAGCGCGCGGGGAGGGGCUGUUCCUCCCCAACCCUCCCCAUCCUUCCUUCCUUCCUCCCUCCUCCCCCUCUCCACGGGCCACUCCCAAACCCCUCUGAACUCCUAAGCAGCACCUAGUGGCGGUCUCCUCGGCUUGAAGGGUGGGCCUUGCUCAGGGAGCGGCUCUUCUUUGCUUAAGGAGGAGGGGGAAGAAGAAGGAGGCGGAGGCGGUUCUUCCUGGGACUCCUCCUCCUCCUUCCUACGGGCUGAGCUGAGCUGAGCUGAGCGAGCCGGAGCGGAGCGCAGAGCCACACCAUGACCCUGGGCUGCAGCAACGGGAGCGGCCGGGCCUGCGGCUUGCUGGCGGGCAGCUCUCCGACGGUGCUCUCCGCGACCUCGGCGGAGGAGGAGGAGGAAGAGGAGGAGGAAGACGUGGAGGACAUCGACGUGGUGGGCCCCCCGCCCGCGGAGCAUGGCCAGGCCAAGUUCAGCGAGGAGGAGGAAGAGGAGGAGGAGGAGGAAGAGCUGCGCCUCCUCGUCCCGCCGCCACCCGCCCAAGCGGGGCCCGAGUCCAGCCCCGAGGCCGCCCCGCCUGCCUUCUCGGGGCCCCCUCCGGCGCCCUCUUCGUCCUCGGGCCCUCCGGGCAAAAACCCCUUGGUGAAGCCGCCCUACUCCUACAUCGCGCUGAUCACCAUGGCCAUCCUGCAGAGCCCCAAGAAGCGCCUGACGCUGAGCGAGAUCUGCGAGUUCAUCAGCGGGCGCUUCCCCUACUACCGGGAGAAGUUCCCGGCCUGGCAGAACUCCAUCCGGCACAACCUCUCGCUCAACGACUGCUUCGUCAAGAUCCCCCGCGAGCCGGGCAACCCGGGCAAAGGCAACUACUGGACCUUGGACCCCGAGUCGGCGGACAUGUUCGACAACGGCUCUUUCCUCCGCCGCCGGAAGCGCUUCAAGAGGCAGCCCCAGCCGCCGCUCCACCCGCACCCGCCGCCGCCGCCCGAGCUGCUCCUGCGCGCCGAUCCCGCCUCCUUCCUGCCCGGCUUCCCUUACGGACCCUACGGCUACAACUACGGGCUGCAGCUGCAGAGCUUCCACCACCAUCACCACCACCACCACCACCCCGGAGGCAACAACGGCGCGGCGACGGGGAGCUUCCCUUUCCAGGCUUCGCCUUGCGCUUUGCCCGCCCCUCCAGGCCUCUCCUCUUUCUUAGGGGCCGAGCUGGGGGGCAGGAAAGCCUUCUUCCCGGCCGGGCCGCUCAGCCCCACCGCCUCCCUCCUGCAGAGCCUCAAGGCGGACCCGCAAGGCGCCGGCAACAGGCCUUCCUCCUUUUCCAUAGACAAUCUCAUCGGAGGCGGGGGCGGAGGCGGAGCGGCCCCUUCUCCCCCCAGCAGCUCGGCCCCCGGCGCCCCCGCCUCGCCCUUCGCUCCCGGCCACGCAGGAGGCCAAGCCCAGGUCCUGGCCCUGCUCUCCCCGGCCCUGGCCCCGCUGCCCGGGCCCCUCGGCCUCCCCCACGACGCCCCCCUCCUCCCCUCCGGACAGAACUUCGCCAACAAACUCACCAACCUCAACAGCUGCCCUUUUUAGAAACACAAGCGCCCCCCUAAGCCCCAAUUCCCAAUCCACACCCAGACCCCCAUCUGUCUUUAGUCCUCCCUCAGUCUCCACUCCCACAAUUGCCUUCCUAUUGUGUUUUUAAAAGGUAGGAACUCUUCAUUUUUUUCCAAAAUAAAAAAACUUGGUUGCCGUGAGUUUUCCGGGCUGUAUGGCCAUGUUCCAGAAGCAUUCUCCCCUGACGUUUCGCCCACAUCUAUGGCAGGCAUCCUCAGAGGUUGUGCGGUCUGUUGGAAAUUAGGCAAGUGGGGUUUAUAUAUCUGUGGAAGGUCAAGUGUGGGAAAAAUAACUCUUGUUUGUUGGAGGCAAGUGUGAAUGUCGCAAUUAAACACCUUAAUGAUCAUUUAAUGACCAUGCAGCUUCAAACCCUGGCUGAUUCCUGCCUGGGGGAAUCCUUUGUUGGGGGGUGUUAGCUGGCCCUGAUUGUUUUAUGUCUGGAGUUCCCCUGUUUUCAGAAUUGUUGUACUUUAUUGUUUUUCUAACAACCAUCAAGUUAUUAUACGCAGGAGGGUGAAACCAGCGACGCCGCUGAAAUCCACAAGCAUGUGGACAAUUUCAAAAGAAAGCAGGAAACCAUGAAAAUGAAUAAAAUCUGGCUAUCAGUAUUUUUUAAAAACCUCUAAAAUCAGACAGAGACUUAUUUAUCUACUCUUUCUAUGACAUACAGGUUUAUGAAAUCCAAGUCUAGCUUUCUAUAUACUGGGUCACAACAGUUCUCAGGAAAUACCUAUUUGAAAAUAAAAGUUCAAUGUAAUCAGUUUUAAAUGCUUACCCCCCUAAUUAAUUUGUCAUAACUGUUUUUUUGAGAACAUUUUUAGCCUGACGGUUAACUUUGUGUCCUAUAUAUAUAUGGUGAUGCUAUGGUGUUGUAAAUAGACAACGACAAAAGCUACCAAUAUUAAAAAGACUCUCAAAUCAGGAUAGUAAAUAAAGAACACUCUUAAGACAGGGGAAUUCCAAGCAUGAAACAAUAAGGGUCAGCUAACACCUCCCAACAAAGGAUAUCCCUAGGCAGGAAUCAGCCAAGCCUUGAAGCUCUAAGGCUUUUCCAUGCUAAUCGAGGUGAUUCAUUGCCACAUUCACACUUGCCUCCAACUGAGAAGAGUUCUUUCUCCCACCGUGGAUCUUCCACAGAUAUACAAACCUCACUUGCUUAGUUUCCAAUAUACCUCAUAACCCCUGAGAAUGCCUGCCAUAGCUGUGGGAGAAACGUCAGGAGAGAAUGUUUCUGGAACAUGGCCAUACAGCCCGGAAAACUCACAGCAACCCAGAAACCAAGCUAUUUGGACGUCUGUCCGCUGGGUCUACGCGGCCAAAUGUAAUGCUUUCUGUGGUCACUGUGGAGUAGACCCACAUAAUGCAGUUCAAACUUAGUUCAAACUGCAUUAUUUGGCGGUGUAGAUCCAGCCUGGGUUGAUUUGGGCUCGUGGGUGUGCUUGCGCGUGUCUGUGUCUGUCUAUUCCAGGAUCGGUGUUUCUUUUUGUUUUGGAGGGGGAGGGGCCUCGGGAAGAAAGCUAAGUUCACAAGUCUAUUGCCAAUCACUCUUUCACGUGGCGGUUUCGAUACGUAAAUUAAGGCUGGGGUCCCAAGGCAUUAAGGCUGGAUUGGCACUGCCAUAUAGUGCAGUUUGGUCGGCAUUAUAUGGUCAACGCAGACCUAUAUAAAUGCAGUAUAAAUUGCAUUGUGCGAUCCUUAAUAAUUGUGGUGCGUUAAGUGGCAGAUGACAACGACUGGAUCUACACUGUUAUAUAAUGCAGCUGCAUUAAAUGGUAGACCCCUAUAAUGGAGUCUGAACUGCAUUAUGGGGUCUACUCUGACGAUAUAAUGUAGUUCAAACUGUAUUAUUUGUCGGUGUAGAUCCAGUGAUGGGUUCAAUACAUAAAUAAAUUAACGGGGCAUAGUUUUAUUAAGGCUGCAAUCUCAAGACACUGAGGAAUGUGUACCAGAAUUACACCCUUUGGCUCUCCAAACCCUCUUUUUGCAGUUUGACGCCACGCCUCAAUGCUAUGGAAUAUUGGGAACUGUAGUUUUACGAGAUCAUUCGCCUUCUCUGCUAAAGAGUGCUAGUGCCUCACAAAACUACAAAUCCCAAGACCCUAUAGCAUCGAUUGAACCAUGGCAGCUCAAGUGGUGUCAAACUGCAUUAGGUCUGCAUGAAGUUUGAUGGUCGAGGUUCCAGAAGGAGCCGUUUCGGCUGCUUCCCAGCAAAAGGCCCCAGAAUGGCAACCUUUAGUUCUCCCACGCCUUCCUUGAGUGUCAUAUUCGGAAGGGGUCCCGGGGACAUCCUACAAAAUCGCAGGGGACAAAUGGCUGAAGAGCACGUUGGAAGUUUCCAUCCACUUUAAGCGGAUCCACGGAGAUGAUAAUCAAGGGAUCCCCUUGCUUAUUGACUAACUGCAAUUAGAGAGUCUUGGGGAGCAUCUCAGGCCCAGAAUUAAUGCGAGUUGCCACCAUUUCAACAGCCACUAAAUGCUAUGGGAUCCUGGGAGUUGCAGUUUGGUGAGGCAGCAACAAACAAUGCUAUGAACCUUUUAAAACUCCCAUACUAUUGAUCCAUGGCAGUUAAAGUGGUGUCAAAGUGCAUGUCGGUUGUGCCUCGGAUUUUAGCCUUAAGCCCCGUGCUUUAUUUAUGUGGGUGGCGGAUCAGAAAUAUCGCACUAGGGGCGCUUGUCUUUUGUAUCCCUAGAGAGUUCCUGCUCAUCUGUAUUUCCCAUUUCUCUCCUUAAUCCUUAAGGAGACUUUCUCUUCCUAUUAACAGCCACCGUUUCCUAAAUUUCCAAGAUUAUUUGUUUUUAAACCGGAGUGAGACUUGGGAGUGCCCUUCUGCCAAGGCCGGGCUGUGUCAGGAAGCCUUGUCCUCCCCCUCCGCCCCUUCUGCGUGUGUGUUUUCUUGUGUAUCUGGAUUGAUUUGUCUGUAUAUCUUGUCCACCAGAGCCUACUUGACUCUCUUUCCACUAAUUGUGCAUCUUUCCUAUUUUAUUGAAAGAAUUGUGAAUACUUUUGAUGUGGAAAAGGCAACGUAAAUUUCCUUUUGUCCGCCUUUGGUGUAAAUUAAUAAAUGUUUAUGAAUUCUUUUCAAAGAGA